UAAAAAUGAAGAAUUGUGAGAGUGAACAGCCCAAGUCUUUCUGUGAUCUUGUGGAAUACGCGAUUUUGCAGAAUGAUGCUGGAAAAAGUCAAGUUAAGAAUCUUGGAGAGCGAUAUGAAAGGAAGAAAUUGUUGAGAGAUGCUUCUUCAAGGCAUUCUGCUCUUGAAGAGUGUGAUCUUGGUGAUGGUCUUGCCGGAAAGGAGAUAACUAAUAUUCAUCCUAUCUACUCUACUAAGGCCACAAAACAGAUAUCAAAUCCUCUUGUGCAUAACAAGGGAAGAGUUAAGCUUGAACAUCACAAAUCUUUGCAGAUAAGAGCAACAGAGAUGGAGUCUUUCUUCAAGCCUAGCUCAGUUGAGCCUACUUUAGAAGAGGGUUUGUUCUCCUUUAGGAAUACAGUAAACUGUGAGUCCUCAGCAUCAGGGGGUCUUGGAAGCCCAGCUUCACAAGCCACUGAGGGUAAAUUUUCCCUUUUUAAACCCAAAAGCAAGUUUAAAAGGAGCAAAAGACGCAUCUCAAAGAUAAGAAAAACAAGGAACAAUAGAAGCAAUACUGGAAUGAGUCGCUUCCGUUCACCGAUGGGAAGGAGUACAUUUGCCAAACAGAAGCCCCAACUCUAAGACUCAUCCUCAAAGCUAUCUAUUCCGAUAAGACUCAACACGCUUUUUAUUAAUUUACUCAUAAUUUUUGUACUAAAUGCUUCUUUCUUGGAGAUCUUUUGCUUCUAGUCCAUCUUUAUUUGCUAAUUUUUAGGUUUAAGCUUAAUAACAUACGAGAAUGCUAAACUCUAGUCUCAGUCGAUUCUUUUCUCAAUAUUUCUUCUAUAGAAUGACUGGUGGGGGGUAUUAAGCCAUCUGGGUAAAUCUCUAAACUUUGAAAGACCUAGUGUUGGUCCCAUAAUAUUGUAGAAAUAGAAUUCUAUUCGUUAACUUUGUAUAAACUGUUAAUGAGAUAGAGGAUUAGAAGUUUUAGCUUUAAGGGCUAGGGAGAAAUGUAUGGAUGAGGGUUAGACACAUUUUAAAGAGGAGUGAACUUAUUUGCACCCUAAGACUAUGCUUUCAUCUGAGCCCUUUUAAUUUGUAUUUCUGAUAAUUUGGCCAGCUUCUCUGUUAUUACAUAGUCAACUAUUUUAGCAAGUUUGAAGAACUUCAACCUUUUCAUGCUCAAGAGUCUAGAUUAAGUAUACAAAUAAGAGAAGAGGAAGUCUUAGGAGUCUAUGGUAAUUUUUA